GAGAAACUAUUGGGAGGUAAAGAGAAAGAAAAGAGAAGUGAUGAGAGAGAAUGUAUUCAUCAUGUAAUGUGUAUAUCAAGACUUGAAGCUGUAUUUUCACCUUUGGCACCAGAUCCUCUGUUCCUCUACCCACCCAAUCAUAGCUCACCACCUCAUAACUUGUUGGACAAUCUUGCCCUUCUUUAUCACCUGAGUGAGUAGCUUUUUUUUUUUUUACCCUCAAUGAUCUAUUAAGCAGAUAAGAAUUUAAGGCUGCUGGUGAAUGAGUGUUUCUUAAGUGGCUAUAAAAAAAGAUUGGUUCUCUUCACAGCCCCUCCCCUCUUGCUUUGCUCAUUAUCCUCAUAUCUCCCACAAUUUCAGAGAGAACUAGAGAUGGGAAAUUGUCAAGCCAUUGAUGCAGCAACACUUGUGAUACAACACCCAAGUGGGAAAGAAGACAAAUUGUAUUGGCCUGUAACUGCUAGAGAGAUUAUGAAGAUGAAUCCUGGUCACUAUGUUGCUCUUCUCAUCUCUACUACCAUGUUUACACCAAAUGAAAGUAAUAACAACAAUCAAACAAGCAAUGAAACCAGUAGUAAUUCGGUUCGUUUAACUCGAAUCAAGCUUCUUCGCCCAGCUGACAUGCUUGUUCUUGGCCAAGUUUACAGACUCAUCACUACUCAAGAGGUCAUGAAAGGUUUAUCAGCAAAGAAACAAGCAAAAGUUAAACAAAGUCAGUUAGAAGCAGCUGAUAAGCCAGACAGAAGGAAACAACGUACAACCAGAAGUUCAGAUGCAGCAGCAGCAGCAGCUGGAAGAUCUGUUUCUGAAGAUCAAAUUCAGGCUAACAAACAUGAGAAAAACAACCGACCAAGGACAAGUACGUCGACAACCUCGGCCACAGCCAGAUCAAGAACAUGGCAACCUUCAUUGCAUAGCAUCUCAGAAGCUGGAAGCUAAUCAUUUAUGUUUCCUAUUUCCCACAUGCUAUUGAGAGACAGGGUGGCACAGAUUGUCCUAAGGCUCUUUAAGCUUCUCCUAAGAGGAAAAAAAAAAAAAGCAAAAAAGGAGAGAUAGGCCAAAUGAGCCUUUUAAUUCAAGAAAAAUUCUUCACCAACACGUUACUGAUAAUGAUAUUAGGAUGGUGGCUGUAAAAGAGUUGUUUAAAACUUUUUCUUCAAUCUUGGGGGAAAAAAAGAGAACCAAAACUGUGUGCAUAAGAAAGCAGGGUGGGUAUAUAGUGAAAACCAGUUGAGAUUCUUCAAACAUCUUUGUAAAUUCAUAGUCUUUUUCACCAAUUAAAUGAGAUUUGAGCAGAAAAAGAUAGCUCAGUUUUUUUCUUC